UCACUGUUUGAGACUUUGUACUUAGAUGUCAUGUCAGCAUUCGGUUACGAAAGAGAUUUUCUCUAAAGUUUCAUUAUUUCAUUCUUGUUACUUUGUCUAAGUUGCCGAAAAAGAGACAGAGUAUUGCUCUCCUUUUGUGCAAUAAUUUGAAGCCACAUUCAUGAUGUCCAAAGUUAUUGAGAAGGUUGGAAUUUUUGGUGCCACAGGACAAACAGGAUUAUGCUGCAUAGAACAUGCACUUAAAAAAGGUGUCAAAGUGACUGCUUUGGUUCGUGAUCUUAGCCGUCUUCCUGAGGAUAUUGCACCCAAGAUCAAUGUCAUAAAUGGAAAUAGCACUAUCAAAGAAGAUGUAUUGAAAGCUGUUGAAGGACAAGAUGCUAUCAUUGUGACAUUGGGAACUAGACAUGAGCUCGGUUUUACAACUGUAAUGUCAGACAGCCUAAAGCUGAUUCUUGACACAAUGUGUGAAACAGGAGUAAAGCCCAUCUCAGUGUGCUUGUCAUCUUUCCUCUUCAUGGAUCCGGAACGAGUUCCUCAGCGGUUUGCAGAGAUUAACGCGGAUCACAAAAGAAUGCUGGAUAUCCUACAAUCUCCAAAAUAUGAAUCUCUUGACUGGGUUGCCGUUUUACCUCCCCACAUCGCGAAUGAGCCAAGCAGCAACAACCAAUUCAAAGUCAAUCAUGGUUCGUCUCCGGGACGCCAAAUUCCUAAAUGGGAUUUGGGUCAGUUUAUGGUUGAAUGCUUGAACGAACCCGAACACCACCACCAACUGUGCGGUUUGGCUUUUCCUACCUUGCCGUAGUAAUAAUGAUCUCAGUUGAGCAAUUUUAGGCAUACUGCCUAGAGUUAAAAGAACGUAGAAAAACAAUUUAUGGCAUAUAUGUAGUCUGAUACAACUGCUUUAUUUUCACUUCUGCUAAACUAUAACCAAAGGUAAAUUUUAAUCGUGGGGCUUCGCCUUUAAAUUUGUGCGCAAUACUUAAAAAAAGAUUAUACAGCUGUUAUUUCUC